AUGCAAAAUGAAAUGGAUGUCCACCACAAUAUCGAAAGAAAUAUUGUAAAAGAGAUUAUGAGGGAAUGUUAUCCAAAAAAAAUAUACCCGAAUGAAAAUUUUGUGGCCUAUUUCAUCAAACUGCUGUUGCUAGAUCCUAAUUGGGGUGUCACUGAUGAUUUUGUAACCAGUAGGGAAAAUGUAGCGAAAUUUGUAGCCUUCGUGAUACGCAAGUUGGAAGAUAAAAACGACCCCAAACUCAUCACUUUAGAAAUGCAGUUCUACUUCACCUGUAACCUGGAGAACAUAAAUAAUGUGGUAAAGAAAAACAGGGGCGAGAUAUUGGAACGGUUGGUCCGUUUGAAGAACGAAAUUUGUCGUGUGAACAAUCCUGAUUCCGAAAGUGAUGUCGAUAAUAUUAUGAAGUUAAUCGUUUUCUAUAUCACUUUAGUUUCGGGUCUGGGGAACCCCAUGGAAAAUGAGGUAUAUUUAGAAGCCCUAGCCGCUUUUAAGAGUGUGAUGAAUGAAGAGGAGGUCAAAGAGUUCAUGGGGUUUUCUCUAGCUAAUAAAGAGGCUCAUUUAAGCCAACUUGUAAGAGUAGUUGGUGGAAUUAGGCUGUUUAACAAAAGCUGUGAUUUGGGGGGUGCACAAAUUCUUGACCUGCCCACAUUAUUGGACCAAGCCGUUUAUUCAAUUAAAGAGGAGGUGCAGGCAGUUCUCAAGAAGAUAAUGGACAAAGUGAAUGUACUGACCACGAUCGUGGAUAAGUCUUACGUUCUUGAUCAAGAGGGAGAUCAUGGUGAAUUUAAAAUGGUGUGUAAACUGUCGAACGAAGAAGAACUGAACAUCGAAGAAAUAAAGGAUCUACUGAUAUUUUACAGACAAUGUGAACUAUUCAUCAGGAGAGUCUUGGAAGAGUUACAAAAUAUUGAAGAUCAUUCCAAUGACAUUUACGAGGGGUUUCAACUUACUCUAAAGGAAAUAUUCCAAAUUGUGAAUGUGAAGAUUGCUGUUCCAGCCAGAAUGGUUUUUCCUCUGUUCGAAGUUUUGUCAAACAAAUGGACGGAACUGCAAAAUCAGGUCAUGUUACUGACCCGAUACAGUAAAAUUAUAACCAACUUAAUCGGAUUUUCGAAAAACGUUAAUUUCAACAAGGAACAAAUGGACAGCAUACUAGAAAGUACUGGGCCGCACACCGAUGCGCAGAGAUUACAAGAAACUGCCAACCUUAGAAUCAAAUCGCUAAAUCCAGAAGUUGAAGUGACUAAAUUACAGAACUUUCCCAAUAUCGAUGACAUCUAUCUGCAGUAUUUAGGGUUUUGCAGUUGGAAGUUGGUGAAGACGAAAGGAGGUUUGAUUCCAGGUAAUCCAAGCAUGGGUGUGGCGACUUACAAAAAGAUGAAUUUCGUUUUCUCCGUACCCCAAGCCUGUUUGGAAUUUUCAAGGAACCCCGAAGAGUUGGUCCACGAAGUGUUGCAUUUAGGGAGAAAAAAACCUCACUUGAUAAACUUUUUACUUAUAAAAGGUCAGUUGGAAGGUGUUGCUGAUGUCGCAGAAUUAACAAAAGUAAAAGGCCAUGUCAAGCUGACGCAAGAUAAAAAAAUUCAAACCAAAUACAUCUCUCGUUCUAAAAUCGAUCGAAAUUAUUACUGGAACGUAUGGGACCUCAAAAGACAGGCUUUGCAACUGGCGAAUUUGUCCAAACGAAAGACGGUCUCAACUCAAACCCACAAGUCUCACUUCAUAAACACCGUGAAUACGCAGACGUAUGAGAUGAGGGAUAAGGAAAUACAGACAAAGAAGGAUAACUAUACCAAUGUGCCGAAACCAUCUACCUUCAUCUUCGGCCUCAGAGGUAGAAGGGACGAUAAACAGUUUACUAUCGACCUAACUAGACCGGUGUAG